UCAUUUAUUCAGUUACUUGACUUGAAUAAGACAAAUGUCCUGCUUUUAGUUCCAGCUGUAGCAAAUGUGUUUUCUCCAACUUAGAAUGUAGGUGUAAAAGUGUCCCAUGAUGGCUCCCCCUUACCAGAGUGCCCAGCUAAUUGCAUGCGGUGACAAAAUUAACUGCAUUUACUAUGGAAGAGCUGCCUUUGAGUCUCAAUAGAUGAAUUAGUCCAUUUCCUCUGCUUAGUAACACCACCUAGGACAGUUAUCUUAGAGGAAGUAGCCAGAAGCAGGUGUGAGCUGAGUAAACACUUUUUUUCUGAGAAGAGGAGUGUUUUUCAGAGGACACUCAUGAUUGGCUGAUUAUCUGAGGCGCUAACAAGGUGGGAGGCAUAUAGCUCUCCUUGAAUGGAGAAAGGGUUGUCCCUGUGCCUUUAGGACCUGCCUGUACUCCUUUGCCUGAGCCCCCUGAUUUGGGGGGCUGAACUGAAGGCGCUAUGGGAACUGUCUGCAUGAUACUGGGGUGGUUGGUGCUAGUUCAAUCCCUACCCCUGCUUUGCCUGGUGCAGCCCAUUCCUGGGAUCAGCUCAACGGAAGGGACGGCCAAAGGAAGACAGCUGGCGGACUGCAGUGGCCUCGAUCCACUGGCACCAGGAAAUAUCUCAGUCCCCAGGACCGAGAUGUCCACUGAAGACAUUUAUGAUGACGAGGAAAGGUAUAGCCAGGCUGCCGGAUCCCUGUCCUUGCCCAGGGAGAUGCCCAUCACCACUGACAUCCAGGACCACUGUCUCUGUGGCCCUCCUGCUGAACGAGUGUGCAUAGAGAUCCAUGUGAAUCAUGGGCUGUUUGUGAGUACGGGGAAGCCCAGUUGUCCACCCUGCACACUGACAGGGAUAGAAGAGGAUGUGGAAUUAAGAAGAUUAUGCUCCCCAACAACCUAUGAGAAGAACAUUUUGAAAACAACUAGUGAAGCAGUGUCAAGAGCUGUUCAUAGGAAAAUACAAUGUUUACCUGAUCACAGUUACAAGGUCCAGAGAGUGCCCCAGGAGCCUUCUGUUACAAUUGCCAGCUUCAGGAGCAGAGAUGGCCCCAGGCCCCAUGGCCAGCGGGUAUGUGCAACUGAGCGAGCAUCCCCUGGUCCAGUCCAGUGCACCUGUCCUGCAGAUGACCCCUACAUCUUGAGAGCUGAGAUUUCCUUCUGCACCAUGAAACCACUGUGCUCCUCAGAAGACAUGGAGUUGCUUCCUGAGACUGACCACACAGAGGCCACUGCCACAAUGGGGGCUCCCACAGGGGGAGCCAUAUCUACUCAGACCUGUGGCCCUAUUUCUUGUUACCUCACCUUUCUAGGCAGCGCCACUGGCCUUCUAAGCACUCCCAGCACUCGUGGCCUCUCAGCAUCCCAGCCGGGCCCCCCGCAGCCCUGUCUCCACAUUCGGUGUCAGCCUGGAGCCGUCCCCAUGCCGGGUCCUCCCAAUGCCAUGGACACUGUCAUCCAUCAUUUCCCAGAAACUAACAUCCGGGCACCUCAGAAUCUGGCGUUCCGUGUGCAAAUGGCUUCUGAAGUGGAUCAGUGUCUGGAGAUGGAUUUUGGUGACAGUUUUGGGAUUCAAAUGAGGAUCCGAAACAUGUCUGAGGAAAUGGCCAUUACCACCUACCACCAAUAUAGGAAAGAAGGAGUCUAUAUGCUCAAGGCAGCUGUUUAUAAUGAGCUGUAUGAAACUGAAGUGGAGCUUGGGCCUUAUUAUGUGGAAGUCAGCCAUGUGGCUCUGUCUGUAUACAUGAAUUCCAGCAGUGUCCACGGGGAUGAAGAUCUUGUCUUUGCUGCUUCCCCCUCAGAUGAGAAAAGUACUGUUGUAAUGCAUCAUUUCCCAUCCAUUUCUUCCUAUAAUGUGUCCUUUAGAUCUCAGACCCAAGGGGGUGACAGUCAGGCUUGGUCCGGCAUGACUGUUUGGUAUCAGAUGCAACCUGUCUCUGUCUACACACUUGGAACUGUGUUUGCUGCAGACACUGACAUCACUUUCACAGCUAUCACCAAGGAAACAACUCGCCUGGAGUUCUUGUGGUAUUUUGGAAAUGGUCCACCAGUGAGGACAACUACAAGCAACAUCAAGAAAAGAUUCAGCAUUCCCAAGUGGUAUCUUGUGAUGGUCAGGGCCUCCAACGGGGUCAGCAGUACGGUUUCGGAGCCCCGUCACAUCAGAGUACAGAAGAGAAUCGUUGCCAACCGACUGGUAUCCACCUCGUCAGCAUUAGUGAAUGCCAGUGUGACCUUUGAGUGCAGAAUCAACUUUGGCACUGAUGUGGCUUACCUGUGGAACUUUGGCGAUGGUGUUGUCAGCCUGGGGAGCAGCUCCACCAGUCAUGUCUAUAGCAGGGAAGGAGAAUUCACAGUGGAGGUCCUUGCUUUCAACAACGUCAGCACCGUGUCCCUCAGAAAACACCUUUUCAUUGUGCAGGAGCCCUGCCAGCCACCCCCUGUCAAAAACAUGGGGCCGGAGAGGAUCCAGGUGUGGAGGUCUCAGCCUAUAAAACUAGGAGUGACAUUUGAGGCUGCUGUUCUCUGUGAUAUUUCCAGUGGUAUUUCCUACACCUGGAGUUUCAGGAACUCUGCAGGGUGGCUGGUACCCUUGCCUCCUGCUGUCAGGACACACAGGCAGACCAUCACUGUACCCAGCUACUUUCUGGAACCUGGGAACUAUACUGCACUGGCCAAGGUCCAGGUGGAAGGCAGCAUUGUGUACAGUAACUACUCUGUGGGGGUGGAGGUACGAUCCCAGGCCCCUGUCAGCGUGAUUUCUGAGGGCACACACCUGUUUGUCUCCAGGACUAGGUCCUCCACCAUUGUCCUCAGGGGGUCCCAGUCUUAUGACCCGGACAUUCCUGGGGCCAUUCUCAGGUAUCACUGGAAAUGCACAGUGGCCAGCAUGCUUGGGCAUCCCUGUUUUGCACCUUCCUCUCCAUGUUGCCUAGACACCAGUGCUCCCAUCCUGGUCUUUGCAGCGAACUCUCUCAGUGACAGCUUCGACCAGUUUCUAGUGACACUGACAGUGUCCAGCAAUGUCCGGAACUCCUCGGAGGCACAGGUGUUCCUGUCUACCCGCUCAGACCCAGUGCUCAGAUUUAUCCACAUCUCUCGGGUCAACUUUAAAGACAUCUUUGUUGGCUGGAAUGAAGAACUUUCUUUCCAAGCUGAGUGUGAAGCCUGUGAUGGAAUGUUGAAUCUCUCAUACUCCUGGGAUCUCUUUUUAGUCAACGCAACAGAAAAGAAUAGUCUAGAAGUUCCGUUUUGUAGAACCGUGGGACAUCUGGGGUCCUCAGGACUUGGGUCUGUUUCCAAGUUGUCAGAGAUACACCCACUGUUCAAGGAACCAAACAGGGCAGAUGUCACAGUGCUGCCUCCCUGGGAGCUGUUGCCAAAGACACCAGACCAGCCCACCCUUGCAACUUCAGGGAGUGCCCCCACAGAGACCAUGGGUGAUUUUGAAGCCUAUUACAGUGAUAUCCAGGAAGCCAUGCCCUCCAAAGGAAGACACACAGGGACCAACCUUCCAGGAUCAGAACCAAGUGUGAGUGCUGAUGGGGGCCACAGUGAUGGGGAUAAUCUUGUGGGUCCCUACCUCCCCACCGUUAGUGCCAGACCUACGCUGCUGGUGGACUGGCCCAAGUCCCUGCUUAAUAGAGCUGUUUUCCAUGGCUAUACCUCUUCUGGUAUAAUGGAACAUGCUGUGACAGUACAGCCAUACUCACUGGACCCUGGAGAGACAUAUGUCCUACAAGCUUCUGUGGCUUCAAAGCACAGAUUACUAGGGAAAGCUCAGCUGUACUUGACAGUCAAACAAGCGCCUGGAGAUGUGUCCUGUCAGGUGCAGCCCCCUCGUGGCCUAGAAGCACACACCAUCUUCAGCAUCUUCUGCAUGUCUGGGAGACCGGACUUUCUUUAUGAGUUUAGUUAUGGGAUAGGAAACACCUCCAAACACACCUUGUACUCCGGCAGAGAUACCCAAUAUUAUUUUGCACUGCCAGCGGGUGACCCCGUGGAAAAUUAUAAAGUCAUGGUGUCCAUUCAAAUCACAGACAGCCAAGGCUCCCAGGGGCAGCCAUGCACCGUGGAGGUCACCGUGCUGCCGCGUUUCCAUAGCAAUCACUGUCCAGAGGAGGACAUAUAUAAUUCCAGCCUGAGAAACCUAUCUACCCUCCAGCUGAUGGGAAGUUAUACAGAAAUCAGGAACUAUAUCAUGAUGAUCACAAAAAUCCUGAGUCGUUGGACUAAGGAGAACAGAAAUCUGUCCUGUGGUCAAUGGUCACAAAUACAGGAUGCAUUCAUUUCUACAGUCUGCAGAUUAGCUUUGCAGGAAGAAAUGAUUGAUUCUAUUCUUAUAUUGAGGGAACUCAUCCACUUUCCUAAUAAGUUAAGCUUUAGGAGCGCAGUCCUCAUCCUCAAACACUCCCAGACACUGCUAGAGAGAAGCUGGCCUUUGGGAAGGUUUGUGGUGGAUAAAAGAUGGGUGAGUGAGCUCAUCCUCCUUGUAACCGGGGUACUAGAAGUCUCUGACCAAGAGAAAUCAAGGAACGCAGACUACCUAAGGGAAGAAGGAACUAAAGUCAUCUUGGACUUACUGGUAGGCUACCUCUGUUUGAAAAAGGAGCCUGGACUGCACGUCAGCACUGGGCUGAUGGAGGUCUGUGCACAACUUCAUUGUGACUUUCAGAGGUCUGUGCAGAGUGUGGGCUCCGUCCAGGUGCAUUUACCUGCACACAUGGCUGGGCAGACUCCUGCUGGGGCAGAAACGCAGAGCCUAUGCUAUGCCAGCCAGCUCAUGAUCUUCAAGAAGAAUCCAUAUCCGGGGAGAGCAGCACCUGGUCAGGUUGGCCCAGUGGUGGCCCUCUCCCUGCACAACUGCUCCAGCAGGAGGCCCAUCAGCAGCUGGCGGCUGAGGGAGCCCAUAAUGGUGGAGUUUGGGGAGGAGGACAGCCCGGAUAAUGGGAGAAAUAAAAUGACAUUUGUGUUGCUUCGGGAUAAAGUGAAUUUUCAUCAGUUCACUGGGCAUUGUGAAAAUCCCCUGGAAUCUCUACAUAUAAGGAUAGAAUUUUCUAAGCCCAUUGCAAAAGCUUUCCCGGUCUUGUUGCUGGUAAGAUUCUCUGAGAAACCUACGCCUUCUAAUUUUCUUGUGAAACAGAUCUACUUUUGGGAUGAGAACAUUGUACAUAUUUAUCUACCUGCUCUUUCACAGAAAGAUGCCAACUUGGGAUAUUUAUCUUUACUUGAUGCUGACUAUAACAGGAAUCCUGUGAACAAAUAUUUUGCUAAAGCAGUGAACUAUACGGUACAUUUCCAGUGGAUCCAAUGCCUGUUUUGGGAUAUGAAGGAGUGGAAAUCUGGAAGAUUCUCUCCACAACCAGGAACUGUCCCAGAAAAAGUGAACUGCAGCUAUGAUCACCUCGCCACAUUUGCUAUUGGAAGGAGAAAGUUGAAUACCAGUUUUGAAAUGAGUGACAUUUCCAAGUUCCAGAGGCACCCAGAAAAUCUGCUUCCUGGAAUUUUUGUGGUGGUUCUGGUAAUUCUUUAUGCACUUUUUGUGACUAAAAGCAGAUGUGUAGAUCGUCGAGAAAAAAAGAAAACUGGUUACAUUUUUCUGCAAGAAAACACUCCACCUAGCCACCAGCUGUAUGCAGUGGUAGUUGACACGGGCUUCCGGGCUCCCUCCCGCUUUAGUGCAAAGGUUUACAUUGUUUUAUGUGGAGAAAAUGGACUUUCUGAACCCAAAGAACUCUGCUAUCCAGAGAAGCCCCUGUUUGAAAGCAAUUCCAGACACACCUUUAUCCUGAGUGUAUCGGCAAUGCUGGGCCCUCUCCAGAAGAUCCACCUCUGGCAUGACAGCCGUGGUCCUUCUCCUGCCUGGUAUGUCAGCCAUGUGAUGGUGAAGGAGCUGUGCACACAAGAGGGACAGUGCUGGUUCUUCCCUGCCGAGUGCUGGCUGGCAGUGAGCAGGGUCCCAUCACGUGAAGGCCGUGUGGAGCAGGAGCUCACCUGCCUGCAGAGGGGCCCAGGCUUUCGGAAGCUUUUCUAUUCAAAGUUCACAGAAUACCUGGAAGAUUUCCAUGUCUGGGUCUCCGUGUACAGCCGUCCCUCCUCCAGCGGCUUCCUGCACACACCACGCCUCACUGUUGCCUUCACCUUGCUGUGCUCAUAUGCGUGUCUCACUGCUCUGGUCACCUCUGUGGGACAAGACCAGCUCCUGUUGGGUGUUGACCCCACAAAUAUCACUCUCGGAUCCUUCCAGAUGGGUUUCCUGUGCACCCUCUUGGCUUCUUCCGGGGCCCAGCUUUUGUCACUGCUCUUCAGGCUCAGCAAGGAAGCUCCCAGGCAUUCCAGAGCACCGCCAUACCUACCCCGGAGAAGAGUGCAGACAGGGGUAGCUCAGGACCCUAAUUUCCAGAGAAGGAUCCGAGGUGCACAGAAGACACACGAGGAAAACCCAUUGGCCAUUCUCUCUGAAAGUACCAGGGCCUGGAGGAGGGUGACCAGCAGUGAUGAAGCAGGUUGUCUGUCCCCCGAGUUGGAGGGCUGUGGCGCUGACCCAUGCCAGCAGACCCAGAGGGAGAAGAGGGACCAUGACAUUCCUGGUUCACACCGUGGCAUUGGUGCCCUUGGCGGUGAAUUUGAAGGACAUGCCAUGCACUGGUGGCCAAAGGCACCUCUACUUUGGUCAGGCUCUGCAGCGUGGGCCAUUUGUGGGAUGGUUUCAGUUGUCUGUGGCCUGGGGACAGGAUUUCUAGGAUACAGGUUUGACUCAACACAGUGCGUCCAGUGGCUGCAUCUGCUGACUGUCUCCGUGGUCUGCUGUGUUCUACUCACCCAGCCACUCAUGAUAGGUAUUGUGGCUUUGUGCUUUGCCUGGAAAAGGAAAAAUGACAAGCACUUUUUCAGUGCAUCUUUACACGCUGCUACCAAGGAUCUGGACGCUGAACUCGAAGGACCUCCUGGGACCUGCAGUACCCUGUCUUCCAGGUGCAGAGGUCCCAACUGUGCCAGCGAGAUUGAAAAUCUCAUGGAUGCCCGACAACAAGCACGCCGCCUGCACUGGGCAUGUCCAGUUUCCAAAGCCCAGCUCCAAGUUAUCAGAGCGAGGAUGAGAAGACAGAUGAGAGCACAAGUAGCACUAAGAGACAUCCCUAUGUACAUCUUCAUGCUGCUGCUGCUUUUUUUUAUAGUAUAUGGGAAAUUCUCUAGGGAUGAAUAUUCUCUCAAUCGAGCUAUCCGGAAUGAAUUUGCAUGCUCCUCCAGUGGCCUGAGAAGCAUGGAUGACUGGUGGCACUGGAGCUUGAGCACACUCCUGGAUGGCCUGUACUGGGAAAGCUCUGCGGCCAGCGCUCCGCAUGCACAGCCUGGGGCUCUAGGAGGCAAGUGCUACCAACUCGGCACUUUGGUCAUUAAACAGCUGAAAGUUCUUCCUGGUAGCUCCUGUGAGCUUCCCAGUCCAUUUUCAACAUUUACUGAGGACUCGCUUCCUACAUGUAGUCUCACAGUUGGAGGCUCUGAAACCUCCUCCUCCAGGGACCCAGAGAUCCAAAGAGUGGCCUCGAGUGACCGCAGUGGCUGCAGGGAGACCUGUGAGCUCAGCUUGGGCAGCACAAGACCCACGGUGCAUGAGGCCCUGGCAAAACUCAGGGCCAGCAGAUGGAUGAACCGCAGCACCAGGGCUGUGUCACUGCACUUCUCCCUCUAUAAUCCUCCUACCCGGCUCUUCUCAAGUGUGUCUCUGAGUGCUGAAGUGCUCCCCACAGGGGGACUCAUCCUGUCAACCCUGGUAGAGUCCUUCACCCUCUUCUACAGUGACUCGACCCUGUGGUACCACCUCCUGCUCCCUGAGCUGAUCUUGCUGGUGCUUGGCCUGAUUCACUUCAGUUUUCAACUCUUCAUCAUGAUUGAUAAGGGCAUCCACAAGUAUUGGCGAAAACCAAGGAACUGGCUGGAGAUCUCCAUAGUUGGGACCAGCCUCGCCUACUACAUUGCCUGGAGCCACCUGGUUAAUCUUGCAGGGGAGGUGAAGGACCAUUUCCAGAAAGGAGUUUUUCAAGGGUUUAUGGACCUUAGUCAUAUGGCGUCAUGGAAUCAGAAGGUGAGAUGGCUCCAGGGGAUCCUUUCAUUCUUCUUGAUAUUGAAAUGUACUUGUCUUCUCGGCAUUGAAAAAACAUGGACACCCUGCUCCUUCAUGAGACACUGCUCAUUCUCCAGCAUCUUCGCACCAGUGGUAGUGGGCAUCCUGAUGCUAGCUUCCCUCUCACACCUACAUGGAUUUCUGCUCUUCACCUGUGUCCUGCCAUCUGGAACCUUCUCGGACUCCUUCCAUGGCCUGCUGUUUCAUUUUCCAGGAAGAAGUCAAAGUGAUACCUUCCAUAGCCUUUCCCAGGCUAACCAGCAAACCAUGGCUUGGUGCUACUGCAUCAUCUUUAUAGUAAUGGCCACUUUGUGGCUUGGAAUGAUGAGGGGUUAUCUCAUGAUUUUUGCCCCAAAAAGAAAAUCCUUUCAAAGAAUUUUUUUUGUGAGACUUAAAGAUGUGACUUCCUACAUCUGGGGGAAGGCGCUCAUCCUUCUGGGACUAGGAAGGUCUGAAGUGGAAGAGAAUGAAGUGGCUGAAGAUCACAGUUAUUAUCUGGAUGAAUUUGCAGAUCUAGUAGAUGAACUUCUGUUGAAGAUUAAUGGCUUAUCUGACAGCCUACAGCUCCCUCUUCUAGAACAAAAAUCUAAUAAUACAUUGGAGGCCAGGGAAGAAGAUAGUCCCUUGGUGGGUGUUUCUGUUACUGGAAUAAACAAGUGAAAAAUUAAUUUUAUCAGUUUUCUUGAUAGCAUUUUUUUAAGU